GUACAGCGUCCCCUAGCAACCUAGCAGAUGGUGAAUAUCAUUUAUGGGAGCUCUUCUAUACCGAGAUGCAGAGUGGCCAUCCUGGAAAUGUAUAUCUCCCUGCUGAGGAAGGUCCAUUAUGUGAUGGAAUUGAGCUUGUCAGAGAUUCACAUAGCCAGAAAGGAAUCCAGCAACAUGAAGGGAUCCAUUUCUGUGAGCCUCCUGAGACAGCAGUGGAAAUUCACCCUCUUCCAGAGCAGCAACUAUCUGCAGUGAAUUCAGCUGAGGCAAUGCUCCACAGCAUCACCUGGGAUUAUGAUUUGCAGUGUAUCUGGAAGUGCCUUCAUCCAUGAGCCCAAGCUUGGAGCCCAGCCACUGAACAUCCUGUUUUCACUGAACUUGUCUCUUCAUCUAGGCUUCUUCUCUCCUCUGGUCACAAAGCUACUGCAAUAACUCCAAGGCUUGCUAGAGAUUAACAGAAGCCAAUCAGAACGUGAACCCACCCCUUGACACCUGAAGGAUGGAUGGCUCAAAAGAGAAGAUCAUCCUGAAUGUUGGAGGAAUCAGACAUGAGACGUACUGCAGCACCCUCCGGACCUUCCCAGGGACCAAGCUCUGGAGCCUCACAGAGCCCAGUGCCAGCACGCUGUACGAUUAUAACCCUACCACCAAAGAAUUCUUCUUUGACAGGAGUGCUCGGCUCUUUGGCUAUGUGUUGAGCUAUUACAGGACCAAACACCUCCAUUGUCCUGUAGACACCUGCAGAUCAGUCUUAGAGGAAGAGCUGGCUUUCUGGGAGAUAAGUGAUGCACAGCUAGCACCCUGCUGUUGGCUGAAGCUGACCAACAAAGACAGCCAGCCAGAGGAAUUUAAUGUUUGGGAUGAGAACGAACAUGCUGAUGACCAGUGCCUUAUAGUCCAGGUGGAAAGAAGGGAUUUCAGCUGGAGGGCCAGGUGGCAGCCAAAGAUCUGGUCUAUCUUUGAAAAGCCCUUUUCCUCUUUAAGUGCCAAGUGCCUGGCUAUUAUUUCUCUGCUGUUCAUCAUUGGAAUCGUCAUCAUAUUCUGUGAGGAGACGAAGGCACAGUUCGAGUACUCUGCUGCUAACUUGACCAUUUUUGGCCAUUCUGAUGUGAUCCACAGCAUCCAUGAGCCUUAUUAUCACCAGGCCCCUUACCUGCUCCACCUGGAGCUGUUCUGUGUCCUCUGGUUCACUUUUGAGUUUUCCAUGCGAUUUUUCUUCUGUCCAGACAAAAAGAAAUUCCUCAGGAAUCCUCUGAAUGUGGCUGAUUUCCUCUCCCUCUUCCCAGUUUACAUUGAACUCUUCACCGCCGAGCAGAUUCACAAAAUGCCUAACCUAGCGCUUUGGCUGGGUUUUGUCCGCGUAGUCUACCUCUUCAAACUCCUGAAGAUAUUCAAGCUAAUAGAGACCCCUCUGAUCCUGAGAGUCCUGUCCUACACGCUCAAGUCCAUCAUCCGAGAGAUCUGCUUCCUGCUGAUGAUCCUGGCCUUUGAAACCCUCUUCUUUGGUUCUCUCUUUUUCUAUGGCGAGUUGCUGGGUAUUCAUUCUUCUUACCGGGCAGAUUUGCACUUCACAGACAUUAACAUUUGCUUCUGGUGGGCUCUGAUCACGCUAACCACUGUGGGCUAUGGUGACAUCAUCCCUCUCACCAUCUUUGGCCAGGUGAUGGCAGCCUUUGCUGCAAUAUUUGGCAUGUUAACUAUUAUCAUUCCAAUCCCCAUUUUCCUGGUCAAGUUUAAAGGCUACUAUGCUACUGCCAUAACCAAACAGAAGCUGAAAAUGAGCAAAAAGCAAUAAUGCGAUUGACUUCAGACCAUUGCUGCCUUGGGGCACUUCAGAAUUAAUUCCAGUGUGGUUUGUUUCCACCACUUUGUGAGAAGAAAACACACUCCUAUGAAAAGUCCAUGCCACAUUCAUUAAGACUGCCUCCUUGCUCCUUUGGUAUAUUUCAAACCAAUGUCAGGUACCCAGAUCUAAGUUAUAGCUUUCUAUUUUAGUGGCUAAUCCUCUUUAUGGCCUAUCCCUAUAUCAAACAGCACUACACUGACACUCAGCGAGACCCAACUAGCACUGAAAUCUCACCUAUCCCUUGUCAGAACAAGAUGAGAAAAUUCACUGUGGACAGUUUCAUCAACACACAAGAUGUUGUUUUUCUCCACCAGCAGGAAAAAGCAAUGCUGUUCACUGUGCAAAGCUAUGAUAAGUGAUUCCCAGAGACGGCAGGGAUGAAGGGCUGCACUGAAGUAUAGACCAAGAAUCUGCAACGUGCUAAAUGCUCUCAACCCCAGUGAUGCCAGUUCAAAGUGGGGCCUAACUAGGGUGACCAGACAGCAAAUGUGAAUA